CAGCGCCCAACGAUGACGUGCUCUUCAAGCGCCACGUCGUGAGGAAGUGGAGCAGUAGGAAGGCGCCGGCCGGAGCAGAGGAGGUGCUGGGUUCAAACGGCGAGCGAGAGGCGAGAGAGGGUUACCUGGCUGGUGUCUUCUUGUUCUGGGCUCAUCUUCCGCGAGGGCAGGAGCUAUGUCAUGGAUCAAGGAAGGAGAGCUGUCACUCUGGGAGCGGUUCUGUGCCAACAUCAUAAAGGCGGGCCCAAUGCCCAAACACAUUGCCUUUAUAAUGGAUGGAAACCGUCGCUAUGCCAGGAAAUGCCAAGUGGAGCGGCAGGAAGGCCACUCACAGGGCUUCAACAAGCUGGCUGAGACCCUGCGCUGGUGUUUGAACCUGGGCAUCCUAGAGGUGACGGUCUACGCGUUCAGCAUUGAGAACUUCAAACGCUCCAAGAGUGAGGUCGACGGGCUAAUGGACCUGGCCCGGCAGAAGUUCAGCCGCCUGAUGGAAGAACAGGAGAAACUGCAGAAGCACGGGGUAUGUAUCCGGGUCCUGGGCGAUCUGCAUUUGUUGCCCUUGGAUCUCCAGGAGCUGAUUGCACAGGCGGUGCAGGCCACCAAGAAUUACAACAAGUGUUUCCUAAAUGUCUGCUUUGCUUAUACAUCCCGUCACGAGAUCAGUAAUGCUGUGAGAGAGAUGGCCUGGGGAGUGGAGCAAGGCCUGCUGGAUCCCAGGUAUCCCUACUUGUUUAGCAUGGUAACCAAUAGAGAAACCAGUGCGCCCCUCCUAAGCCGUUCCUUGGGCUGGAAGUCAAAUCGGGAUGCGUGUAGACAGACUCGACCAGGAGUAUGUUCCAACAACAUGCUACUAAACUAUACUGUCUUCUCCCCGCCCCCCCCCCCAACGCUUUCCCAGACUUCCCACUCCUGCUUGGUGUUCCAACCCGUUCUGUGGCCAGAAUACACAUUUUGGAACCUCUGUGAGGCCAUCCUGCAGUACCAGAUGAACCACAGCAUGCUCCAGCAGAAGGCCCGAGACAUGUAUGCAGAGGAGCGGAAGAGGCAGCAGCUGGAGAGGGACCAGGCUGCAGUGACAGAGCAGCUGCUGCGAGAGGGGCUCCAGGCCAGUGGGGACGCCCAGCUCCGACGGACGCGCUUGCACAAACUCUCAGCCAGACGGGAAGAGCGGGUCCAAGGCUUCCUGCAGGCCUUGGAACUCAAGCGGGCUGACUGGCUGGCCCGUCUGGGCACCGCAUCAGCCUGAGCGAGGCUAGCCUCCUGCCACUUUGCCCUGCCCUCUGCCUCCAGGGCCCCACUCCCCUUUCUUUUCUUGGUGAAAGGCACCUCCCUCCUAAUGAUGAAUUGUGUUUCCUUUGCUCUGCAAGGGAUCCCCAGAGGCCAGGUCUGCGGGCCCGAGAUGUACCUUUUGGACUGCCUGGGACAGUGGCUGCCGGGGAGGGUUGAAGUGAGAGUCUCACACAGGUACACUAAAGCCAGCCAGCUCUGGUCACCAGUAGGUCUGGAGAGCAGGGAGCCCCAGGUCUUUGCUGCCUGUUCCUUCUGCCUCUGCCACCUCUACCCCCUCUACGUGUGCUCCUAGAUGCACUUUAUUUUUUCACCAGCACAUCCUCAACACACAGAAUUUCAGGGCAGAGGCCUCUCUGAAACCCUAGUCCUUUACCCAUCCAUCUUCACCUUCUGCCCGACUUUCACAAAAGAUCUGGCUCCACCUUGGAUCUGCUGGGAAAUAGCUAAUAGGCAGCCAGCGCUAUUUGGGCAAGGAAGGGGCGGGAGAGACAGAAAGAAAAUUUGCCCAUCUGCUGCUCCUCCCCCUGGGCUCUCCACCUGGGAUUUGCUAUUGAAGCUCUACCCCCUCCCACCACAGUGCUGAUUGCUCACUGAAAGGCUCAGCGCCCCCAAUGGCGCUCGGAAGCCAGGCGGGUGAUUACAAUCCAAUUACCUAUUGUCGACUCAGCCCACACAAGCUUUUCUCCUCCUCUUGCAGGGCAUGGGGCCAGGCUCCACGCCCCUGUGAGACCGGCCCCCUCCAUGACUACAGGGUAACAGAAGGGCCUGUAGGCCCUGGUGAAUCGAAUCCACCACAGGCCUCCUUCCCUGGAACGCGUCACAGGACCCAGAGCACAGAAACAAGCACUUCUCCCAACUGACUGCUGUCCUCACCAUCUCAGACUCUGCUUCCUACUGCCUCAGUCUUUGAGGCAUCUCUGUUCUUGACCUGGCCCCCUAAGUAGCCCUUGCGACGAUGUAUUCUCAGCGUGGCGGAGUCUCAGCUUGUUAGGGCCGACGCUGCCCAGCAGGGAGAGGAGGGCCAAGUCAAGGGCCGUGUCCUUUCCCUUACCUCUCCCUGUCAGGCCUUGCUGCAGAGCUGCUGAGAGGAUUAGUGCCUUUGAAGAGCUGUCUGCCUGAGCAGCUCCGCUUCAGGUGCCCGAACAGCAAGCACCAGCCUUCGCCACCAGCCAGACACCACUCUGUUCAGUCUUCCCAUUUUACUUUCUGCGAACUAUUUCCCCAGCAUCUCCCUCUAGGGGAGAGGUGGGAUCUUGCAAGCAGUGCUCCUAGCGUAGGCUUUAAACCCCUAACUUCCCUAUAUUCCAGUCUCUUCUUCCCCUUCCUGUGCCAGGAUACCUGGCACAAGAGAUUCCUUGGCCAUCAUCCCUGCUCCCAGAAUCAGGCAGAAAUGCCAGACACUGCGAUUGAGAAACCAAUCAAUGCACCCUUUGGCAAGCCCCCCACACACACCUGGCAUUACCCACAACCAAUCCCUGGCACAGGGUUCCCAGAGAGCAGGUGCUGUACAUUUUCCAGCUUUACAAUGGGGCUGUUGACAGCCUUAAUUAGGGAGGCAUGAAUUAUGCGGCUAUAAUGCAGAGCCCUACAAUUAAGGCGGGAAUGAGGGGCUGGAGGCAACAAACGGAAUCUGCCCAGUGAGCAUGGCUGUUGAGUCCUGUCUCCGUUCUGUGUCUGACUUUCCCUAGUAUGACUGGGGUACGGCAGAGAUGAUUAAUGGAGCUGGUGUGGCUCUCUGGCUUUAGGUUCUGUGUUCUGGGGAAGGUACACAGAGUGGGAUGGGGAGGGGCUGAGGGACCACUACUGCCAAGGUGCAGGAGCUGCAAGUAGUUGAUAGGGACUCGUUGUGAUUGCCUUCUACCGGCAGGAUUUGUACAACCGGGCUCAACCCUUGCCUCGGGAAGUAGGUGGGACCUAUUUAAAUGUCCUCUCACCUGUGAGCCAGUCCCCUACUUGAGGAUAUUUCUUGUGUUGUUCUGGGUUUCAAAUAGAAUUUUAAAAUUCUUAGAUGUAAAA